AAGAGCGGGGAGCGCACACAGCGGCCUUCCGUGGCGCAGGGCGGGAGGGAAGGAGAGAGCAGGAGCUGCUUGAAAUGCUUGAAAUAAUUCCGCUUCCGUUUGGAGCAGGGAGCAGCCGCUCGCUGCAGCUGGGUUUCAAACCUGCCUCCCCUCAGCCCUGCACUCGGGCGCGGCAUGGCAACUUCUCCCCCGAAGUCCCCCUCGGCCCCGAAGUCCCCCACCACCCCCAAGUCGCCCCCGUCGCGGAAGAAAGAUGACUCCUUCUUGGGCAAACUUGGCGGGACCCUGGCCCGGAGGAAAAAAGCCAAAGAAGUGUCUGAACUACAGGAAGAAGGAAUAAAUGCCAUUAAUUUACCUCUCAGUCCAAUUCCAUUUGAACUAGACCCUGAGGACACGAUGCUGGAGGAAAAUGAAGUCCGAACAAUGAUUGAUCCAAAUUCAAGAAGUGACCCCAAAUUACAAGAGCUAAUAAAGGUAUUAAUUGACUGGAUUAAUGAUGUAUUGGUAGGAGAAAGGAUCAUUGUGAAAGACCUUGCUGAAGACAUGUAUGAUGGACAAGUAUUACAGAAAUUAUUUGAGAAACUUGAGAGUGAAAAACUGAAUGUUGCUGAAGUCACACAGUCUGAAAUUGCUCAGAAGCAGAAGUUACAGACAGUUCUUGAAAAGAUUAAUGAAACCCUUAAACUUCCUCCAAGGAGCAUCAAGUGGACCGUUGACUCUGUUCAUGCAAAAAGUCUUGUAGCAAUACUUCGUCUUUUGGUUGCAUUGUCACAGUAUUUUCGGGCACCAAUCAGACUCCCAGACCAUGUGUCCAUUCAGGUUGUUGUUGUCCAGAAACGAGAAGGAAUCCUCCAGUCCCGACAAAUCCAAGAGGAAAUAACUGGUAACACUGAGGCAUUAUCAGGAAGGUAUGAACGGGAUGCAUUUGACACUUUAUUUGACCAUGCUCCAGACAAGCUCAAUGUUGUAAAAAAGACCCUCAUCACUUUUGUGAACAAGCAUCUGAAUAAAUUGAAUUUGGAGGUUACAGAACUGGAAACCCAGUUUGCAGAUGGUGUGUACCUAGUGCUGCUAAUGGGUCUCCUGGAGGGCUAUUUUGUGCCUCUGCACAGCUUUUUCUUGACUCCUGAUAGUUUUGAACAAAAGGUCAUUAAUGUGUCCUUUUCAUUUGAGCUAAUGCAAGAUGGAGGGUUGGAAAAACCAAAACCGAGGCCAGAAGAUAUUGUAAAUUGUGACUUGAAGUCCACACUGAGAGUGCUGUACAAUUUGUUUACCAAAUACCGGAAUGUGGAGUGAGGAAUUUAUUUGGGACAGAUGAACGUCUGUUAACAAAGCAACCCAUCACAACAAACAAUCAUAUGCUUCACGGUCAUUCCUUUGCAUUUGUAUUUUUUAAAGGAGCUGAAUCAUUUCUCAGAAGUGUUUUGAACUGAUUAUUCUUGCUACGCUUAUUAUACCAUAUGCUUAAAAAAUUAGGGCUAUAUUAAACCAAAUGAAAUGAUGAAGUAAAAAAGUCUGAAGGAAGAUAAGUAGGUACCUUCUGGGGAAUUCCAUCUCUGAUUAAUAUAUCUCUAGUCUGUUUUAAAAUACUCAGAGCAACAAGCAAUAGACUUGAUAGCUUUAAUUAAACUGGACUUUGGAACCAAUUGUAGGAAGUUAUCUUCAGCUGUAUAUUAAAUAUUAAUUUGAAAAAAAAUCAGUUAUUUUUCUAAUCUGAGAGAAGACAAUAUCUUCUAUCCAUAAUAAGAUGGAUGCGUCAGGGGAUCCUGCUAACUUACUGAAUGUGUAUGGAAGGAUAACUAGGAUGGUGAUGGUUCACACUGGAGCUAAGAAGAAGAGAUCUGUAAAAAGCACUAAACCUGGUUAACUAUUUUAUGCUGUUGUAUAAAUCAAGGCAUAAAUUUUCUGAGUACUAACUGAUAUGACUACUUAUUCCUUCAGACUCGUAAUGAUGUGAUGUUCUGAUUUAAAUGUGCAUUGUCGAUCAAUCGGAACAGCACUCUUUACACCUUGUAUGCUUGAUUUUGUGCAAUGAGAAGACCUUCACUACAAAGUACAAAAUUCAGUACAGUGUCAAAACCUUAUAGUACAGACUCUUCAUAAGUAUAGGAUCUAUCCUACAAGGACACCCAGGGAUAGUAGAAACUGAAGUAAAGGAAUUGUUUUUACUUAAAAUGAAAGGUUUAGAAAAAUAUAAUUGGUAUAAAAUAUGCAGUAUGUUGGAAGGGCACAAGGAAUUAAUAAUUAAAGCCUACAUUUAAAAAAAAAUUGGGUUCCCAACUAAAAGACCUUAAAGAAGCCUGAUUUUCAGAAAGUGGGUGCUCAGUACUUACUGGAAAUCAGACCUCUUUGGGGUGCUUCAAGUUAGGCACCCAAAAAUGGAAGUACGCAAGAUCACUGUUCACUUUUGAAAAAUUAGGCCAAAAGCGCAAUAUAGUGUAAGAGUAGUGAGGCGUGUUUGAGCAUACACAUUUUAAUAAAAGUGGUAAAGAAUGAUCAAGAAAAGUAAAGUUUGUAGUGUGUCAUACUGUAAUAUUUGUAAAGCUAUUAGAUGGGAUAAAACUUAAAUACUGUAGCCUAAAAAAUACGGGAUAAACAACUUUUAUUUUUACACUGAUAUUUUGCCUUUACUUUAGAAAGAAAUUAUAUAAAUUUAA